AUGGCGCUCAUCACAUGCUCGCCCCCAUGCGACCGCGCCCGUGUCGUGUACGAAGCGAUCGCGGCACUGCAGUGCAAGUGCCCCACGUCUAACCCUGACGAAAGUCGGGAGCGGCCAACGAAACGAAGGAAACAGAAUACCCCACCCCUACCGCGCCAGAUCCAGCGCAAUGCCGCCCACCCCAUCCCAGAGCUCGACCAUGCCCCCACGCCAAAAGAAUUCCUGGAAUUCUGCCCCAGCUCUUCCGACCCCCACGAUGUCGGCCGUCCGUUUGUGUUGCGUGGCUAUGCCCGAGACUGGCCGGCGCUGCAACCUGCCGGCCCCGGAGCAGACAAGCCGCGGUGGGCCGACGCGUCCUAUCUGAGCCGACGUGCCGGCCCCGGUCGCGUAGUACCAGUCGAAAAAGGGGCUAUGUACACCGAUGCAAACUGGGGCCAAACGAUCAUCCCCUUUGCAGCGUUUCUGGAGCAGAUCGGAUGGGAUCGUGGUGCCCCCACCUCCCACCCCCUGUACCUCGCGCAGCACACGCUCCUCACCCAGUUUCCCUGGCUAUCCGAUGACAUGCGAGUGCCCCCGUACGUCUCGAUGCGCCCACCCGCGCCCGCGUACGCGCCGGCGCAGCGAGGCGCACGGCCCUCCGCCCCGAUCGCCAGUGUGUGGAUCGGGCCCAAAAAGACGGUUUCGGCGGCGCACACGGACCCCUACUUUAACUGUUUUGUGCAAGUGCAUGGCACCAAGUCUGUGUGGAUUGCCCCGCCCCACGCAAACGACGGGGGUGCCAUGCGUGUGUUUGGCACGUCUGAUGAUACCCAAGGCUAUACCCGUCUGAUGAGCAACACGUCGCAAGUGGAUGUUUUUUCGGCGUGUCCCUUCCCCUUUGUCGAGUGCGUCGCCCCCCAUGCGAUGCACACACAGCUCGAGGCCGGCGACCUGCUCUUCCUCCCCCCCUACUGGUGGCAUGCGAUGCAGAGUGCGUCACCGAGCUUCUCGGUUUCCUUUUGGUUCUGA